AUGUUUCUCUCGCAUGAUUUCCAGCAGCGGUUUGGCAACAACAAGUUGCUCACACAAACUACAAGCAGAGCACUCAUCGCUGCCGUGGCAGUAGUAGUACCAUACAUGACGUGGGUCAAGUACAUCAACAGUGAUCGUCACAGUGAGAUCAAGAACAUAUACCGAAAGGAUAGAAACCUAUAA